AUGGUGUCUGGUGAAGAUACAGCAACGAUCAUCCUCAACAGAAAUGUGACAGAUGUCGAGUUCUGUAGAGACGGAUUUCGUGUCGUGACUGAUCCUACUCUGUACUUAGGUACUGUGCAGAUUUUCUGUCCAUCAUUUGUCAGUAGUUUGUGA